AUGAUGGCCGGGCGCAAUCACCACCAAAGCCACGGCCAGAGGCUCCGCCGCCUCGUCCCGUGCAUCCUCGUCGUCGUGUUCGCCGUCCACGCCGUCUCCUUCGCGCUCUACCUCCUCCUCCAGUCCAACCAUCCUCCCCCGAACCCCGCCAAGCCCGAAGCUCAGACCCAUGAGAGAGUCCGAGAGCCGUCUUACCAGAAGCCGUGGCCGCGCCUCCCGUCCUUCCUCCCCUGGACCGCCGACCCAUCGCUGCCGCCGCGCUCCUGCGAGGCCUACUUCGGGAACGGCUUCUCCCAUCUCGUGGAAGUCCUCCCGGAGGGGCGUGGGGGCGGCGGGUGGUUCCGGUGCCACCACAGCGAGACGCUGGGCAGCUCGAUCUGCGAGGGCGCGCGGGUGCGGCUCGACCCGGCGCUCAUCGCGAUGUCGCGCGGCGGCGAGCCGAUCGACCAGGUGAUGGGCCGCAAGGAGGAGGAGGAGCUGCCCAGGUACGAAUCCGGCGCGCUGGUGGUGGAGGGGGCGGCGGCGGGGAGGAGGGGGCCCUUGGUCGAGCCGGGGUUCCUCGACGCCCACGUGCCCACCAACGGGAUCGGGACGCACACCAUGAGAGCGCUGCUCGACUCCGCGCGUGUCGUGCCGCCCGGUGAGCUCCACUGCUCCCAGUGGAUUGAAGAACCGACACUUCUGGUCACACGAUUUGAGUAUGCAAACCUUUUCCACACAAUCACAGACUGGUACAGUGCAUAUGUUAGUUCCAGAGUCACGAAUUUACCUGAUCGUCCUAAUGUUGUUUUCGUGGAUGGGCAUUGCAAGGCACCACUGGAGCAAACAUGGGAAUCACUUUUUUCGAAUGUGACCUAUGCCAAGAGCUUCUCUGGCCCUGUUUGUUUCCGGCAUGCAGUUCUUUCACCAUUGGGCUAUGAGACUGCUCUAUUUAAGGGGCUUAGUGAAAGCUUCAGCUGUGAAGGAGCCUCUGCUCAGUCCCUUAGAAAUAAACCAGACCACCAGAAAACUGCACGGUUGUCUGAAUUUGGGGAGAUGAUUAUAGCUUCUUUUGAUCUUCUGGAGGAUGGGAUCGUGCCGCCUAAAAAAACAUCAAACGGACUCAAGAUUCUCUUUGUUCGGAGAGAAGACUACUUGGCCCACCCACGUCACAGUGGAAAGGUUGAAUCUAGGCUAAGCAAUGAGCAGGAGGUAUUCGAUGCAGUUGAGAAGUGGGCAAAAGGUCAGAAGUGCAAAAUAACUGUCGUGAAUGGUCUUUUUGCGCACAUGAGCAUGAAGGAGCAACUCCAGGCUAUCCUGGAAGCUUCAGUCAUAAUAGGGGCUCAUGGGGCUGGUCUGACACACCUGGUUUCAGCCACGCCAGACACAAAAGUUCUUGAGAUAAUCAGCAGCUUCUAUAGACGCCCACAUUUUGGCUUGAUCUCACGCUGGAAGUCGUUAGAAUAUCAUGCCAUAAAUCUCCCUGGAUCAUAUGCAAGUAUCCCAGAUGUUACCAGUGAGUUGGGGAAUAUACUGAAAGGUCUCGGAUGCUGA